AUGCUUCUCUCUUUUGCAAUCAGUGUUUUACUGCCCACGGCCAGGGUUUUUGGAGGCCAAAUUCCUGUUGUAGAAGGCGUAAUUGGCGGGGUACCCUCAGUGUCUUCCACAAAUGAACUCCUCGAGUUCCCUCAAGUUACUUCCAAUAUUACGACUCCAGGAAAGUUGAGAGUUGUUGAAAACUCUGGAGUCUGUGAAACUACGCCGGGAGUCUUUCAAGCAUCUGGGUACGGUGAUCUAACAGCUACGGAGAGUAUAUGGUUCUGGUUUUUUGCGUCUCGAAAAGAUCCCGAGAACGCACCCCUCGCAUUGUGGUUCAACGGAGGACCCGGAAGCUCUAGUAUGAUUGGUCUGCUCCAGGAGAAUGGCCCCUGUCGGAUCACAAACGACAGCACAUCCGUAACGCUGAAUCCAUUUUCAUGGAACAACGAAGCCAAUGUGCUUUACAUCGAUCAGCCUGUUGGCGUAGGCUUCUCCCAUGGUGACACAAAAGUUGGCACUUCAGAGGCGGCAGCAGCAGAUGUGUGGUCAUUCUUACAGAUCUUCCUCAACGACAAGCGUUUUUCGCAUCUGAAGAAGAAUAAGCUUGCGCUUUGGACUGAAUCUUACGGAGGCCAUUAUGGUCCCACAUUCGCGGCUCACUUCCUCAAGCAAAACUCCGCAAUCCUGGAGCGGAAGAUUUCAGGAACGAUCCUUAAUUUACAGGUUCUCGGUAUUGGUGAUGGACUUACGAAUCCGCUAGCACAAUAUCCUGGAUACCUCCAAUAUGCCGCUGUUAACCCUUACCACCCAUUAGUAAACGAGACCGUUCUUGCAGCCGCCAAUAUUUCGUGGACGACACCCAAGACGGGUUGCAGGGAUCUGAUCAUAGCGUGCAAUGCACCCGUCUGGAACACUACCGUAUGCUCACAGGCACAAUCCUUUUGUAACAACAGAAUUUUAUCCCCUUUGGCUGGAAUUUACGAUGUGUAUUAUGUUUUGACACCCGAUCCCGAUCCGUAUCCGCCUCAAAUCUCUACUUAUCUCAACAAUGUAGCGUCAAAAAUCGGAGGCGAGGUUCAAUGGUCGCAGUCGAGCAGAGUUGUAUAUGCCAAUUUUGCAAACACAGGCGAUUGGAUGAGGGAUUCAAGCCCUGACCUUGAAUUCGUUAUCAAUUCCGGAGUCAGGACCAUCAUAUACGACGGUGACGUUGACUACAUUCUAAACUUCAAUGGUGUAGAGGCAAUGGUGGCCGACCUGAAGACUAUUUGGUCUCCUCUUUUCAAGCAGCAAAAGUUCAAGUCUUUCUCCGUCCGUGGACAGGCUACUGGGCUCUACAAGAAUGCCGGGAAGUUCUCUUACGUCCGAAUCUUUGGAGCUGGGCACGAAGUACCGGCGUACAAGUACGGGAAACUUGAGUAUGGAGAGGCUGCUGCUCAAAUGUUUACGCAGAUAAUGCGUGACGAGAGUCUUUCGAGCACAUGA